AUGAAGACCACAGCCUUUCAUGGCAAUCUCUACUCGGCGCUUCCGCAACACUUGAGCUCAUGGUAUCAACACACUGCCGUACAAUUCCAGCUUUCUGCACCCCAUGAUCUGGCCCAACUGCGCGAACAUCAUCACCCAUCAACAACCUCACUCCUCACCUUAGUGUACGAUACCCGCGGGAAGCCUUGCGACUAUUCCCACUCGAAGUGGUUCUGUUUCGGCAGCUUGGCGCGCUUCACAAAGUGUGGGGUUGGGAGUUGA